UCCGUCCGUCCGUCCGUCCGUCUCCUCCUCCCCCUCCUCGCGGCCAUCCCACCACGGACCUCAACCCCGACCACUCCUCGCCUUUGACUCGUUGACCGACCAGUGCGCUCGCGCGCCGCCAUGGAAGUGCGCCGCAUGAUGGGGCACGGUGGGGGCGGCGCUGUCGCGGCGGGGCCGCGCCAGCCUCCGCCGGCGGCUCGGGUGAGUGGGGCGAGGGUGCAGGCGGGGGACGCGCUGCCGCUGCCGAUCCGGCACACCAACCUGAUAUUCUCGGCCCUGUUCGCGGCGUCGCUGGCGUACCUGAUGCGGAGGUGGCGCGAGAAGAUCCGCUCCUCCACGCCGCUCCACGCCGUCGGCCUCACCGAGAUGCUCGCCAUCUUCGGCCUCGUCGCCUCCCUCAUCUACCUCCUCAGCUUCUUCGGCAUCGCCUUCGUCCAGUCCAUCGUCUCAUCCAGCGACGAGGACGAGGACUUCCUGGUCGGGUCCGGCGUGGCGCAGCGGGAGCCUUCGGCGCCAUCUGCGCCGGUCCAGUGCGCGCUGCUGGGGAGCUCUGCCGCGGCGCCCGAGAAAAUGCCGGAGGAGGACGAGGAGAUUGUGGCAUCGGUCGUCGCCGGGAAGAUCCCGUCCUACGUGCUGGAGACCAGGCUCGGCGACUGCCGCCGCGCCGCCGGCAUCCGGCGCGAGGCGUUGCGGCGGAUCACGGGGAGCCAGAUCGAGGGGCUCCCGCUCGACGGCUUCGACUACGCCUCGAUUCUCGGCCAGUGCUGCGAGCUGCCUGUCGGGUACGUGCAGCUGCCGGUGGGCAUCGCCGGGCCGCUCCUGCUCGACGGGCAGAGGUUCUACGUGCCCAUGGCGACCACCGAGGGGUGCCUCGUUGCCAGCACCAACCGCGGCUGCAAGGCCAUCGCGGAGUCCGGCGGUGCCACCAGCAUCGUGCUCCGGGACGGCAUGACGCGGGCCCCAGUCGCCCGCCUCCCGAGCGCGCGCCGCGCCGCCGAGCUCAAGGCCUUCCUGGAGGGCCCCGCCAACUUUGACACACUCUCCAUGGUCUUCAACAGGUCAAGUAGGUUCGGCAGGCUGCAGGGGGUGCAGUGCGCGAUGGCGGGGAGGAACCUGUACAUGAGAUUCAGCUGCAGCACAGGGGACGCCAUGGGAAUGAACAUGGUUUCCAAGGGCGUGCAGAAUGUAUUGGAUUUUCUUCAGGAUGACUUCCCUGACAUGGAUGUCAUUAGCAUCUCAGGUAACUUUUGUUCUGACAAGAAGCCAGCUGCUGUGAAUUGGAUUGAAGGACGUGGAAAAUCUGUGGUUUGUGAAGCAGUAAUCAAGGAGGAAGUUGUGAAAAAGGUUCUAAAAACCAAUGUACAGUCACUAGUUGAACUGAACACGAUCAAGAAUCUUGUUGGAUCCGCUAUUGCUGGAGCUCUUGGGGGUUUCAACGCUCAUGCAAGUAAUAUUGUAACAGCCAUCUUCAUUGCCACUGGCCAAGAUCCUGCACAGAACGUAGAAAGUUCUCACUGCAUCACUAUGUUGGAACCUGUAAACGAUGGAAAAGACCUUCACAUAUCUGUCACUAUGCCAUCUAUUGAGGUGGGCACAGUUGGGGGAGGGACUCAGUUGGCGUCACAGGCUGCAUGCUUGGACCUGCUCGGCGUGAAAGGCGCGAACAGGGAAUCCCCAGGAUCAAAUGCAAGGCUCCUGGCCACCGUGGUGGCAGGUGGCGUUCUCGCCGGGGAGCUGUCCCUCUUGUCAGCUCUUGCCGCAGGCCAGCUGGUGAAGAGCCACAUGAAAUACAACAGAUCCAGCAAAGAUAUGUCCAAGGCUGCAUCUUAAUCCGAGAUUUGGAUCAUUGCUAAGGAAAUGGACAAUUCCAGAAAGUAAAAAAAAAAUACUGUCGAAUAAUUUUAUGUCCCGCGGAAGAGCAGAGGUGGGUGACUGUGAGGAGAGGGCCAAGGUUUGGGACUCGGUGACUACAAAUAGGGCAAAUCCUUCUUCCGGAGUUUGACCUAUUUAUUUCGUGACGCUGGCCGGUCCAACUCGGUAUCAAACCCGUCGCCCUCUGCGCUCUGACACUGGAGAAGCAAGCAAACCAACCUUUGGUUUUGUGUUCAUAAAGCUUUGAUUACCUUGGUGCAGAAAGUGUUGUAGUAGGUCCUGGUAGAUCUCUCCCCUUGCUUCAGGAAGCAGCUUGUGAUCUUUCUUUCCACCAGCUUUGUAACUAUUUUCUUCGCUUUGUAUGAUCCUCUUUUCCUUAUCGAAGUCGAUGAUGUGGUUUUAGGAAGACACGUGGCCCUCCAGAGCACCAUGGCAGUUUCUCCCAUUGCAUCAGCACCAGUGCACCACCUUUCUGUUUCUGCCUGAUUCUGGAUCGGUGGUUUGCCAUCAGAUGCUCGAGUAUCACCCUCACAUGCCUGUCCCCAGCAAGUUGGUUGGUUGGAGAUGCCGAGAUGGAAACGAACAAUCUAGAGGGUGGAGGGUUGUGUUUGCUUGAAGUGCGAGGUUGGAUAAAGUAGAGUUAUUUAUAUUUUUUAAUAGAAUGAUUUAAUUUGUUAUUUAUAUUUUUUAUAAGAAUAAUUUAAUUUUCUAUUUAGUUGUGAUGAAUGAGAUGGGCUAGUUUUCUAUUUUAUUAAUAAGAAUAGAAUAGAUAGAAUGAUCUAUUUAUAUUUA